GCGCACACCGCGGGUUCGCACACACGGCCAGCGUGUGCUUUCGAAAAAGUUUUAUCUCACCGGCACGCCUGUCUCGCAGAGGCUACCGGUGCGUGCCGAUCGUGUACCCAUGUGCUCGCCGCGAUGAUCGGUACCACGAACUCGACCAGGCGGCUACUGCUGCUGUUGCUGUUGGUGCUGCUCUGCGCAGGGAAUCGCCUCGCACGAGGCCUCGAGAAUGACGACCUGGUAUUCGAUCACGACAGCAAAUCGAGCGUCGACAGUCCCGCGGAGCAGCGUCACGAAUCGCUGUUCGGUAGGAUCUGGCAGUGGCUCAGCAGUGAAGCGGAUUUCUUGACGCCAUUGAAAUUGGAGGAUUCUCGCAAGCCGCUGGAAUCGAAUUCGUUGACGAGCUCUAAUAGUCGUCAAAAACGGCAAGCCAAGGAAGACAAUGAAGUUAUCAAUGAUGAAUAUAAAUCUCGAAGUAAUCAAUAUAACGAAUAUUCGUCGGUACAGCCAAAACUAUCGAGCAAAUAUAACCAAGGUGACGAUGAAGAUGACGUGGGUUCCGGAGAAUCCGAAGUAGAUAGAGACGUGGAAGGUAGUGCAAACAAUAAUGACUUUCAUACGACAGUGUCAGCGAUUACCACGACGCCGACCACCACCACUACUACUACGACUACGACUACUACGAUUACUACUACCAGUACUACCACUACUCAUGGAAGUCAAGGAAUUGAAACGAACCUUGGUGAUGGAAAUGAGUUUGAUGAGAAAAAUGUUUAUAGGAUAUCCAUGACUAUUAACGAGCCGUACAGAGCAGAAUUCGAUAGGCGAGACGAUGACAAGUUCAAAAAGUUUGCUGAGAAUCUCACAAGAACCGUCGAAGACAUUUUACACCAGCAUUUGCGCAGAGAUCACCACGUUACUUUCGUCAAAAUGGAGAACGCUCCAGAUCCAUUCGAAUCUCGCGUUAACUUGGAUAUCUCCACGAUCAGCAGUGAAUCUGACGUUCGAGACGAACUUGAAACCCAUAUUAACAAAUAUUAUUCUUUGGGCAAGUUUACAGUCAAUCCUUCUACCUUCCGACUCCGCGCCGUUAUAGCGUGUCAAUCAGGAGAAAUUUCUUGUGAUGUUUCGAGAUGUAUUUUACAAUCACAACGAUGUGAUUUCAAGUCAGACUGCGAAGAUGGUAGCGACGAAGCUGGUUGCAGAUAUCCGACUUGCAGACCAAAUGAGUUUAUGUGCAAUAAUGGCCAAUGUAUCAGAGACGAGCAGUAUUGUGACGAUCGACCAGAUUGCUAUGACGAAUCAGACGAAACGAACUGUCUAACAACGUGUAGUCCAGACGAGUACCGUUGCUUGGAGGGUAUUUGCAUUAGCAUCGACAAAAGAUGUAAUGGUUUCUCGGAUUGCCGGAAUGGUGAUGAUGAAGACUCUUGUGAUUGCAGAACCGACGAUUUUCAUUGUGACGACGGUACCUGCGUUGCUUAUAGUUCUUUAUGCAAUGGGAUUCAAGACUGCAAAGAUGGUUCUGAUGAAAAAGAUUGUGACAUUGCUCCUUGCCCCGAGACGGACUUCACGUGUGGUGAUGGUUCUUGUAUUUCAAAGGCUCUCGUAUGUGAUGGAAUAGACAACUGUUUGGCUGCUGAAGAUGAGCUCUCUUGCGAACGAAACUGUACGCCGACUCAGUUCAAAUGUGUGAAUGGAAACAAAUGUAUAGAUCGCAUCUACAGAUGCGACGGUCAUCCAGACUGUCCUGAUAGAAGUGACGAAGAUUGUCAAAGAGGAAUUAACGGGUCCUUAACAAAUGUCACAUCAGCUAUCGAUAGCCCGGAUAGUAGUAACACGAUACGUUAUCCUAGCUGCAGGAAUGACGAGUUUGAGUGUCAACUAGGCUUUUGUAUCAAUCGUAUCGACGUGUGUAAUGGUCGCCCCGACUGUCCUGACAGUCGAGAUGAACGUAAUUGUACUUCACGCCGACCGGAAGUAGGCAGACUUGACAUUAGAGUGUAUCCGGUGGAUCAAAUCAUCAAAGAGAGGUCAGAAGUGGUAAUCCAGUGUCGAGACGAAGGUCCAUUGAGAGCGAGAAUUCGAUGGGUGCGCGGUAAUGGGCAGCCCCUUCCUCCGGGCAGUUCUACCGUUAAUGGUCGACUUGAGAUCCCCAACAUUCAGAUGGAGCAUGCUGGUCCUUAUAUUUGCGAAGCCGAAUAUUACACGCAUUUACCCGGCGCACGAAUCACUGCCAACCUGGAGGUUGAGAGAAAUGACAAUAACAAUUGGGCAAACCAAAAGACUUGCAGCCCGUACGAGGCGACGUGCAACAAUCAGGAAUGCAUACCGAAACAUUACAUCUGCGACGGUAAAGCGGACUGCGCCGACGGCUCGGACGAGUCUCGCUGCGGUCUUCACGGCUGCGAGCCCAACGAAUUCCGCUGCGCGAACAAGCAGUGCGUCAGCAAAAUUUGGCGCUGCGACGGCGACAAGGACUGCAGCGACGGCAGCGACGAAGACAAUUGCUCCGCCUCGCCGUUCAAUGCACCGUGCACUUACGGCGAGUUCAAGUGUCACAACGAGCAAUGCAUCCCCAAGAGCUAUCAGUGCGAUCAAGAAAACGACUGCAUGGACGGUAGCGACGAGAUCGGCUGCUCUGCCGUUUACAUAACGAAGACGCCCCCGCCGAUGGUCGUGCUGGCUCUCGGCGAGACGCUGCUCUUGACGUGCGAGGCGGUCGGCGUGCCGACGCCGGAAAUCAAUUGGCGACUGAACUGGGGCCAUAUUCCGCCCAAGUGCACCACCUCGUCGGUCAACGGCAGUGGCAAUCUUACCUGUCCCGACGUGCGCAUCGAAGAUCAGGGUGCCUACUCGUGCGAGGGAAUCAACGUCAUGGGCUUCGUUAUUGCCGUGCCCGAUACCAUCCUAGUCAUCAAGAACACCAGUAUCUGUCCGAUUGGCAGAUUCAAUGCCGAGGCCAGGAGGCCCGAAGAAUGCAUAUCCUGCUUCUGCUUCGGCGUCGCCACCGAGUGCAGUAGCGCCAAUCUUUACACUUAUCAACUGCCGCUGCCCAUCCAUCGCUACAAGGUCGUGCCGGUCGAGGUCAGACCGGAAAUCCGCGUGCCGCUCGACACCAAUUACACCGAGACUGUGCCGGCUGACGGCUACGGUCACCACGUGCAAAGCAUCAACAAUGACAUUUACAGAAGCACCGUCAUCUAUUUCGGACUGCCCGAGCAGUUCCACGGCAAUCAAUUAAAAUCUUACGGCGGUUACUUGCAUUACAGCAUCAAGUAUUCCGGCAAUGGCGGUGGUAACGAAGGUCCCGCGGUUAUUAUCACCGGUAACGAUAUAACCAUUUACAACAACGGACUUCGCGUGGCACCUGAUCAAGAAUCCAGGCAGAGAGUUAAACUCAUGUCUGGAGAUUGGUACAAGCAAGAUAGGCGCGGAAUAACACUGGCCUCGAGAGAAGAGAUUAUGAUGGUUUUAGCCAACGUCAACAACAUUUUAAUCAAAGCACAAUAUGACAAUUCGCAGCAGUUGAACGUGUCUAUUACCAAUGUCAUUUUGGACUCGGCUGCCAACACUGGAUUGGAUUCCAUCCCUUACGUUGAGGAGUGCCGAUGCCCUUCAGGCUAUAGCGGUCUAUCGUGCGAAAAUUGUGCUCCUGGCUACGUACGUCGAAAGAGUGGUCGCUGGCUCGGACAGUGUUACCGAGAAGCUCCAUCUCAAAUACAAAGCUGCCCACGUGGCUAUUAUGGUGACCCUUCGCGAGGAAUCCAGUGCGAAGCUUGUCCUUGCCCCAUUCCGCACAGAUUUGACCGUAGCUGCCAAUUGGAUGUCGACGGUGUUAGCCCGAAAUGCGAUUGUCCACCUGGUUAUGAAGGCAAACAGUGCGAGAGAUGUUCCGAGGGUUACACUGGUAAUCCUUUACGAGGCGAGGAAUGUCGACUUGCCGAUUAUUGUGAUCCUAGUGGAACUCUUAGUGUUCCAAUUGAUCGAUAUAACAGAACAUGUAACUGUAAAGAACACGUUACAGGACCUACGUGUAACCAGUGCAAACCCAACACCUUCAGUUUGGCGCCAACAAAUCAAUUUGGUUGUAUUAGUUGUUUCUGUAUGGGUAUCACCAACCAGUGUAUGUCAUCCAACUGGUAUAGAAGCGACAUUCGGGUAUCUUUCACGAACUCUCCACGUGGUUUUGCGCUUAUUAGCUCAAAUAACCGCGACUCAUCGCCGAUAACACGUGGCAUAAAUGUAAAACCUCAAGCUCGUGAAAUCGAAUUUAAUGAUUUCCCCGAUCGCGGAGCCGGCGAAGUCUUUUAUUGGCAAUUACCAAGUUUAUUUUUGGGUGAUCAAAUUACGGCAUACGGAGGAAACUUGAAGUAUAUCGUGAGACACGUUCCAUCUCCUGGCGGUUUGACUUCGAGAAAUAGCGCUGCAGACGUUGAACUGAUCAGCUCUAAUGAUAUAACACUCUUGUACUACUCGCGAGAAUUCCCUGAACCAAACGCCCCGAAGACCAUCACCGUACCUUUGCUCGAGCAACACUGGCAACGAGCUGAUGGAACAGUAGCCGACCGGGAACACCUUUUGAUGGCACUAGCUGACAUUGCAGCCAUACGUAUUAAAGCUACCUACACUACGCACACUGACGAAGCUGCACUGUCUUACGUUUCCUUGGACAUCGCCGAAGAAUUCAAUACUGGAAGACAGCGUGCCAUCGAAGUAGAAAAAUGUAGUUGUCCAGUAGGGUAUCAGGGUCUGUCUUGCGAAGAUUGUGCUGCUGGCUACACCAGGGCUAUUGAAGGACUGUACCUCGGUAUUUGUGAGCCAUGCAGGUGCAACGGACACUCUAGUCAGUGUGACCCCGAAACUGGUAUAUGUGAGAAUUGCGCCGACCAUACAACAGGAAACAAUUGUGAAAUCUGUCAAUCGGGCUACGAAGGCGAUGCAACACGCGGUACACCCUACGACUGCCAAGUCAGAAAUGGCUCGGUUAUUCCAUGUCACUGCAACCCACUUGGAUCUGAAAAUAACGAUUGUGUUAAUGGUCAGUGCUCGUGCAAACGCAACGUCGAAGGAGCAGAAUGCGAUCGUUGUCGUUAUUCCACAUUCGGCUUGUCACAGAAUAAUCCCGAUGGAUGUAACGAGUGUUUCUGUAGUGGCGUCACCAAUCAAUGUCACGAAAGCUCUCUGUAUUUGCAGCAGAUUCCGGUAUUCUUCUACGAUAACGAGCAUGGUUUCACUCUCACAGACUCAGCCAGACGUCAAAUUGUUAGCGAAGGUUUCGAACUGGAUUUUGCCGUUAACAAAAUUGGUUAUCGCUACACCGAUAGCCGAUCUAGACGCUUGUUCUGGUCGCUGCCAAGCAAAUUCACCGGAAAUAAAAUCAAGAGUUACGGUGGAAAAUUGUCCUUCAAUCAACAAGUUAAAGCACAACCAAAUUCCAGUUGCCGCAAGGAUCAAGACGUUAUUAUUAUUGGAAAUGGUAUCACACUCUAUUGGACGAAUCCUGACGAUGUUUCACCUAAUUCGAAUUUAACGCUGAAUGUACCUCUGAUCGAAAACGAAUGGCGUUACGUAUCGACCAACGGUCUGAGAGUCGCUACGCGACCAGACUUAAUGAGCGUCCUCGCCAACGUUGACGCGAUCCUGGUGAGAGCGUCAUUGUGCGACGACAUGAUCGCUACCUACAUGAGCGACAUCUUUAUGGAUACAGCUGCCGAAGGUUUAUCUUUCGGCCAACCACGUACCACUCAAGUUGAAGCUUGCAUGUGUCCUGCCGGAUACACUGGAACUUCGUGUGAAACUUGUGCUCCUGGACACUAUAGGAAUUCUAAUGACCGUUCUGUUAGUCCUCUAGGCUCUUGCGUGCCGUGUCCUUGCAAUGGUAACGAACAAAGUUGUGAGUUAGAUUACUCUGGCCGUGUUAAGUGUAAUUGUCAACCUCAAUACGCUGGAGAGUUCUGUAAAGAAAAUGCUGGUGACAUCUACCCCACUACAACUCCUGAACCUGUUAUAACUGACAGAUCGUCACCAAUUAUCGUCAAGAUUGACGAACCAAAAAUUAUCAUUGUAAAAAUUGGAGAAAGCGUCCGAUUCCAUUGCAGCGGUAGAUCAGUCUAUAAUAACCCAGUUACAAUGAGAUGGCAGAAAGAGGGAGGUUACUUAGCACCAGGUAGAGGUAUCGAUGAUGGUAACGGUUUAUUGGUUAUCAGAGAGCUCAGAAUAUCCGAUAGCGGAAAUUACAUCUGUCACGUUACCGAUGGACAAUACGUCAAUACUGAAAAAGUUACUCUUCACGUUGGAGCUUUUCCUAAGUCACUGCUUCCCGAAGAAGACUCUGGCACGGAACCAACAAUUGAAAUCAGUCCUCCAUCUCUGGUGGUUAUUGAAGGAGAACCUGCUGAGUUUAUUUGUAGAACAUCCGAAUCAGUUCCAUCGAAUAUAGGAUGGGAAAGAUCCGACGGUCGUAUGAACGAAAACGCAACGUUCUUAAACGGGGUUUUGAGGAUUCCCAUCGUGACAUUAGACGAUGCUGCCAAUUAUAAAUGUAUCGUGUCGACCCGUAGUGGCUCAAGUGAAAAGAUUGUCCCGCUGCACGUAAGACCGCUCAAUCCAGUGCCACAACCCGACAUAAUCGUAUUAAUAUCGCCAAACAAAUGGUCUGGAUUUAGCGGGGACACUGUAAGACUCAUCUGCAAUACUUCAAGCCCAGUACAAAGAAUCCUUUGGAGUAGAUCGGAUCAAAUGCUACUCCCAACAGCGGCCACUCAAAACAACGGUAUCCUUACCAUUUCCAAUCCAUCGCUAAGCGACGCCGGUUGGUACAUUUGUACGGCAACACUUCGCGACGGUACAGAGAGAAGCACAACGACAUCUGUACAGAUCAAUCCACGACAUGACAUGCCAACCGUAACCAUUGAACCUCAAAGACAGAAAGUUCCUCAAGGUUCCACAGCCAUAAUUACCUGUAGAACGGAAGGUGACGAGUCUAACUUUAAGUGGACAAAAGCCAGGGAACCGAGUUUAGGAUCUAACGUUCAAGCAACUGGUGGAACUCUGCGUAUCGCAAAUAUUCAGAUGGCCAACAGAGGAGUGUACACUUGCAAAUUCAGCCAAGGUGAUCGUGGAGUUUACGAAGCUAGCGCUAUUCUUGAUGUCGAUCCUCGAGAAAUGCCAGUCCUUCAAAUUUAUCCAAAUAAGACUCAAACAGUACUAACAGGUAACACUGCUGACUUCCAUUGCCGUGCAAUCGCCGGUAUUCCAGUUCCAGAAAUCAAAUGGUCUCGCCAAGAUCAACGACCAUUCGGCUCAAACGUUCAAGUAAUUUCCAGCGGAAUGUUAAGAAUCAAUAAUGUGACCAGCUACGACGAGGGUACUUACGUUUGCGUCGCUCAAAAUAUCAUCGGUACGACAAGCGCUACCGUUACUUUAGAGGUCAACUCGUACCCUGUGAUAAGUAUCAGUCCUCAGCAUGGCAUAUUGAAAUUGAAAAAGGGAGCUAGGUUGCAUUUGAUAUGUACUGGCAACGGACAGCCAAUGCCAGUUGUCUCUUGGAACAAAGAAGAUGGUUUGACGCCUGUGAUAAACCCGUACAGUGGACCGGAGCGGCUUAGUCCAUCGGCCACGAUCGACAUCAAUUCGGUAACUCUCGCCGAUGAAGGAACUUACACGUGCAGAGCUACCAGUCCUGCAGGUCAAGCUGAAGAUUACGUUCAAGUGAGGAUCGAAGAUGAAAACUCGGUGGAUCCGGAAUGCCGUGGUGAUACUUGCUAUGAUCCUCCGCCAGAGGAUCCUUACUACUCACCAAAUGAACCAAACCAAACGGGUGGCCAGAUUGCGGGAAAGUUAGAGAAUGUUCCAACGGGAGGUAAAGUAUCAAUGCGCUGUCAAGUUUUCCCGUAUACGGAUGACAAGAGUAUCUAUCUCGAUUGGAAAAGAGAAGAUGGUAGACCAAUGUCACGAACCAGUACUAUAAGUGAUGGUACAUUGUAUAUUAGCAAUCUCAAGAAAGAAGACUCGGGAGAUUACACCUGUAUUGGUGUGGACACCUAUGGAAAACAGUUAUUCUCUACGAACACUCGGUUGAAUGUCGUAGAUUCACCAAAGAUCAAAUUAGAACCUCUAAGACAAACGGUGCGACCCGGUGAAAGCCCAUCAAUUCACUGUAUAGUUACUGGGGAUCCACCAAUGAACGUUGAAUGGGAAGCUGUUGGACGUCCACUUCCAUCGUCGGUAAAACAAUCGAACGGUCUAUUGAGAUUCUAUGGAAUAACAUUCUCUGAUGCUGGCAAGUAUGUCUGCAAAGCAUGGAAUGAUUAUGGCACCGCUGAAGCUGUAGCUGAAGUGUCUGUGGAAGCUUCCGCAACGCCGAUCGUAAAGGUGGGAGCUUCCAAAAAUCCAGUUGACGUGGGUGAUUCAGUUGAGCUUCAUUGCAUGACGUCGGGAAUAAUAAACCCGCGUUAUAUUUGGAGCAUGCCUUACGAAGUAUCUCUACCAUGGAAUGCUAGAGAGUCAGGCAACAUUUUGACCCUGACAGAUGUUAGUCAACGUAAUGCUGGCUUGUAUAGAUGUGCCAUAGAUUCUGAAGAUGGUGCUGUUGAAGGAGACUUCGAACUGAUCGUUAGCGAGGACGACUUAGACACCGACGGAACGGAUGGAUCAACAAUGGAAAUAAAGUAUACACCAUUCGGUAAAGAUAUCGAAAUCCAAUGUCGAGAUUAUCUUGAGCCACCAGGUCGAUACCGAUGGACAAAAGUCAAUGGAACGCUACCAACCACAUCUGAAAUCAACGAUGCUGUACUAAUUUUGAAAGAAGUUAACCAAAGCACUGCCGGAGUAUACAUGUGCAAAGCAAAUAAUGGCCAAGAAAUGAGAGAAGUGUUCACAACAGUCGUAGUCAACGGAUUAGUUCCUUACUUUAGCCAAGCACCAAUAAGUUACAUCGAAGUGCCACCGUUAGUCGAGGCAAAUUUGAAAUUCAACAUUGAAAUUACUUUCAGACCAGAAAAUCUAAACGGUAUCUUACUCUACACCGCUGAAAAUCACAACGGAGAUGGUGAUUUCAUGUCAUUGACUCUUGAAACAGGAUACCCAACGUUCACAUUCGAUCUUGGAUCCGGACCUACUAUCGUGAAAGCUGACAGGAACAUUAGUCUUGGCGAUUGGCACACAAUUAUUCUGCAACGAGAUCGCAAAAGUGGAACGAUGAUAGUAGACAAUUCAUAUACUUAUAAAGCAGUUUCCAAAGGAAAACGAGAUACUUUCGAUGCUUUCAUUCCUCUGUAUGUCGGCGGAAUCAGCGAAAUAGGCAUUAAUAAGAAUGUCGGUGUGACAACCGGCUUCGUUGGCUGCAUCAAUAGACUUAUCGUGGGCGACAAGAAAAUCGACUUGAUGAACAAUAUGCUUGUCAGCAAAUCUAUUACGAGUUGUGAAAUUUGUGAGCACAUGACCAAUCCAUGCUCGAAUGGUAUCUGUCAAGAAUCUAUCGAUUCAAAGGACGGCUUUGAAUGUAUCUGUAAUGUAGGAUUUGUAGGAGCUCGAUGUGAGAACACAAAACAAUCUUGCCAGCCAGGUAUCUGCGGAGAAGGUAUGUGCCACGAAACUGAAGAUGGUUACGAAUGUGACUGCCCCAUUGGCAAGACUGGUCCAAACUGUGAAUAUUCACAGAUGAUUCGUACAAGUAAACUGAGUCAUCCAAGAUCAUAUCUUGGAUAUCAAACUCCAAAAUCAAUUAGAAGAUUGCGAAUGUCAGUGAGUUUGAAGCCCGCCGGCCAGGAGAACGGGAUCCUGAUGUAUUGCGCGCAGAGCGCCCGAGGUACCGGCGAUUUCAUAGCGCUCGUCAUUCACGAGCGCCGCUUGAGGUUUCUCUUCGGGAUGGGCGCAAGAGUGAACGAGCUCCGAUCGAAUCACACGAUGGAGCCUGGCAAAUGGCACCGCGUGAGUAUCGGCAAGGAUCACCGAUGGGCGUCGCUCACCGUCAACGCGGCCACGAGGAAGAAAUUGAUCUUCGGCCCGCAGCGUCCCAUGUACUUGAAGACUCUCACCUAUUUCGGUGGCGUCGAUCACACGUCCAUCAGCAUUCACAAAAGCCUCCGCGUCAAGCUUUCAUUUAACGGAUGCCUCGACAAGAUACACGCGUACUCGACCAAGUUCGACAUGUUCAAGUCGAUCGCGGCGUCGUCGAACGUCGAAGAGUGCAACGACUUCGACUCGCACACGCAGUGGCACAGAGCGACCACCGCGGCGCCGCUGAUAAAGCUGGAUUUCUGCGUUGGCAAGCCGUGCGUCCACGGCGUCUGCCAGAACGUCGGCAGUAGCGACUACUCGUGCAUCUGCGAGUACGGCUACGUCGGCAGGAAUUGCGAGAACAUGCUGAAGCAGUGCGAGCUUCUGAGCCCCUGCCUGAACGGCGGCACCUGCGCCGAUUCGCGCGGCUCCUAUAAAUGCGACUGCAGAUACGGCUUUACCGGGCAGAACUGCAGCAAGAGCGUGGACGUCGAGGACGACGCCAACUUUCGAGGCGACGGCUGGCUCGAGCUAAGCAACAACGUCAUGAUGCACGACGAGCGAAGAGAGAUGAUCGGCUUCGAGAUCUCAACCAACGAGACCGACGGGCUGAUUUUGUGGCACGGCGACGAAUCUAGCAGGCGACUCAUGAGCAGCUACAUGGCUCUCGCCGUGACCGACGGGUACGUUGAGUUCCAAUACAAUUUGGGCUCAGGACCGGCUAUCUUACGAAUGAGCUCCUUCAAAGUAGACGACGGCAAGCGGCAUAGGAUCAUACUGAAACGUCACGAAAGAGACGGCAGCAUGGAACUUGACGGCGAACAUAUCGAAACUGGCACGAGCGACGGACUGAACCGCGAGCUGGAAAUACGUGGCAACGUCUACAUCGGAGGUGUGCCGGAAUAUUCCAUGACAGGUAGCAGAUAUCACGUCGGGUUUUCGGGCUGCAUUCAUACUCUCGAAGUUCAAGAUUCUGGGGCCAUCGAUAUGGGGAAGUACGUGCUAAGAGGAAAAAACGUCGCACCCUGCUCCAGAGCAAGACACAAUCCGUCAUCGCUGGUAAAAACUGAUACCGGAAAAGACGCGUUCGAUCCUUACGAUUGGCCAACACCCAUCAAUAUUCCUCAUCCGAAGUCGACGUUCAACAAAGCUUCAAUUUUCAUCAAUCACCGUAGUCUUAUGUACAUAACUUUUCUUCACUUCUCAGUAGCAUUCUUCUUGCGUAGGGACUUUUUAGUUGACUUUAUUACUGUCUGUGUCUUAUGACAAUAAAAGUUCGUUAGCCUGUCGAUAAAAACGAAACUGUACGAUAAUCUUUUUGUAAAUUUUAUAAUAUUUGUAAUAACUACAAAGAGUAUGUUCCUUGUGAUUAUUGUACAAAUAAGGUAGAAAAAUUGCUGUUGCGCUGUACAUAAGUUUCCUCGAUCGUUUUUCUUUUCUGCUUAUUUUUUAAUUCGAAUGUUUUCUUCAAAUGUAUAUUGACAUUUUUUUCCGUCGUUCUUUUGCAGUGAAGACAAAAGUACAGCGAUUAUGCUUCUGAUGCCUA